CUAGCGCUCCUCCGGCUCCUCCCGCUCUCCUCCCGAAGCGCUGGACUCAUCGACCGGGCAACUUUUAACUCUGCACGGAUGAUGCUUUUUCUCGAUGGCAUCUAAUGAAUACUUCACUAAAAAACACUAACAGGUCUGCCAAACAUCUCACCUCCCAUGUCACCGGGACGUCUCAAUGGCGAUGUUUAGCAGCUCAGAGCGGCUCUGGAACGAGUCAGAGCGUCUCGGAUGGGGUGAGAGGAACGAAAGCACUGAGGCGCCAUGGCAGGACGAGGAGCGCAACUACUACGCCAUGCUGUACUCCCUGCUUAUCCUAGCCAUUGUGUUUGGAAAUGUGUUGGUGUGUCUGGCUGUGCUGAGGGAGCGUUCCCUCCAGACGACCACCAACUACCUGGUGGUGAGCCUGGCUGUGUCCGACCUGCUCGUGGCCUCCCUGGUCAUGCCGUGGGCUGUGUACCUGGAGGUGGUCGGCGGAGCCUGGCUUUUCAGCCGGCUCUACUGUAACAUCUUUGUCACGCUGGAUGUGAUGAUGUGCACCGCCAGUAUUCUCAACCUGUGUGCCAUCAGCAUUGACAGGUAUACAGCAGUAGUGAUGCCCGUCUUGUACAACACCACUCAUCGUUCCAGAAAAAGAGUCUUUGUCAUGAUUUCUAUCGUGUGGGUCCUGGCCUUCGCCGUGUCCUGUCCCCUGCUGUUUGGCUUCAACACCACAGAUGACCCGAUGGUGUGCUCCAUUUCCAACCCUGACUUUGUGAUCUACUCUUCUGUGGUGUCCUUCUACUUGCCAUUUAUUGUCACGCUGCUCGUUUACAUUCGCAUCUACGUCUUCCUCAGGAUGAGGCGGAAGAGGAUCACUUUUGGACAGGCCAGUGGAAAGGUGCAGCCAGGCUCCAUCCCACCCUCUGUGGAGACCUGUCUGCAAGAAGAGGCGCCCAAGGCGAAGCACGACUUGUCACCUAUAAGGAUUAAAGUGCAGAGUGAAGAACCAUCAGGUCCUUCCAAGCCCAACCUGCUCUCAGGAUGCCUGUGGGGCAAACGCCCAAAGACAGGACCAGUGGAGAACUCAGUACUGCCCCCAGUGGACAUGCAGAACUACUGUAGCAUCAGCCAUGCCUCCUGUGGCCGCACCGAGCUGGAUAUAGAGGAGGAGCGGGGGGAACAAGACCCUGUGGAGAACAACCAGUUCCAGCAUCCUGUCAGGAUGAGCUGUGAGGUGAAAGAUCUGUCCAACGGGCAGACACACACAUCCCUGCGGCCGAUGUCUCACAGCAGCAAUCCACGAUUCAGGACCAUGCACGCGAGGGAAAAGAAAGCCACUCAGAUGCUGGCCAUUGUGCUCGGGGUGUUUCUCAUCUGCUGGCUGCCUUUCUUUGUGACUCACAUUCUGAACACCCACUGCAGGACAUGCUACGUGCCUCCUGCACUUUACAGUGCUUUCACCUGGCUUGGGUAUGUCAACAGCGCCCUUAACCCUGUUAUCUACACCACCUUCAACAUCGAGUUCAGACGGGCCUUCAUCAAGAUCCUCAGCUGCUGAGGAAGGAGCCACUUCAGGAAAUUUAAUGAAA